AAAGCGGAACAAACAAAACGCGGAUGCAAAUGAUGUUGUUAGAAAGCGGAGCAGAGUCGAUGAUCUUUACAGCACUAAUAGGAGGAAACAGCGCGUGCAGAUGGAGCAGGUUUUAUUUCUGAUGCUUAAUAAAAGCUGACCAACACGGACAGUUAGGUGUUUUAAUAGAAAGAAGAGAAAUCAGAAUAUCUUCAGAUAUUUAGGGAUUUUAUAUUUCCUUAAUUGGUUUUUUUUUUUUUUUUUUUUUUUAAUUGUAAUUGAUGAUGAUGAAGAGCCCGGGUUCGAGAGGUCAGGGUGUCCAGGGCUCAGUGUUAGUGUGUUGGUGGUUAUUGUCCAGUGUGUGUGUGCUGGGGUUUAAACCUGUCAUUAUUAUACAUGGACUCUUCGACACUCCUGCUGAUUUCAUCAACCUCAAGAGAUACAUCAAUCAGUCUCACCCCGGGACGAAUGUGUCAGUAAUAGACCUGUUUGACCGCACUGCCAGUCUGGAGCCGUUGUGGAAGCAGGUGGAAGGCUUUAAGGAGGCCAUUUAUCCCAUCAUGCAGAAUGCUGCAGAUGGAGUUCACCUCCUCUGUUACUCACAAGGAGGGUUGAUAUGUAGAGGAAUCCUUUCUACACUGAAUGACCACAACGUUCACUCCUUCAUCUCUCUCUCCUCCCCUCAGGCUGGACAAUACGGAGACACAGACUAUCUGAAGUACUUCUUCCCUGAGUUUGUCAAGUCCAACCUCUAUCACUUGUGUUACACCGCUGUGGGGCAGAAGAUCUCCAUCUGCAACUACUGGAACGACCCUCAUCACAGAGACAUGUAUGUGAACACCAGUGAUUAUCUCGCACUGCUGAACAACGAGAGGCUGCAUUCUGAAUCCACAGUGUGGAAACAGAACUUCCUGCGUAUUAAGAAGCUCGUGCUGAUUGGUGGACCGGACGAUGGUGUCAUCAUGCCAUGGCAGUCGAGUCAGUUUGGUUUCUAUGACGAAAACGAGACGGUGGUGGAGAUGAAGUCUCAGGAAGUGUUUCUGCGGGACGCUUUCGGCCUGAAGUCUUUGUACGCUAGAGGAGAUCUGGAGCUGUGUUCAGUAGCCGGAGUGGAGCACAUCUACUGGCACUCCAACGAAACCGUGUACAAGAGCUGCAUCGAUAAAUGGCUCACAUAAACACACACACACACACACACGCAGUUAAUCCCUCUGCACACACAAUACACACACACACACGCAUACAGAUACAGAGACUAUUUUUACACACACUUUUCUAUCAGCUCCUACCGAUGAUCAUCAGCUGCGUUUGUUCCAGUUCAGUGUUGCUCAGAGUCACAGCAGCACUUUAUCUCCUUUACCUGCUUGUGUGUGUGCGUGUGAAUGUGUAUGACACACACACAGUUCAUCGCUCAGGCCUGCUCAGCUUUUUACUGAAGCUUUUAAUCACACACACACACACACACACACACACACACACACACACAUCGUAUUCAUUCACACACUCAUAAAGCACACCACAAUGCAAAUCAGUGCCUCAAGGACGUUUCCGAUCAGCAGAGUUACUGAGAAAAAGGGGGCGGGUUUUAAAAAUGUCCAUCCUGUUUCUGGGUGAAAAGGGGUGGGGCUUAAGCUACAUUUAUUCCUAAACUUUUAAAUGAUCUUCAGCUCAUCAUCAUCCCUCUUAGCAAAAACAGAGCAUUUCAUUUAAGCCCCGCUCUUCUGUCGCUCAAAAUCAGGACGCAAGUUUUAUUUUUUAAGCCCUUUAUUUUUAAUCCUUCUCACAGAUGUUACAUAUUGCUCCUUUAAUCUCCCACAACACAAAGGGAUUGUGGUAUUGUAGUCCGGUUGCAGUCGUUGCCUUAUAUUUGUACCAGUUUUAUCCUUUAACUGUGGUUACUGGACUACAUGGAACAGCGUCGUAAAAAAGCCACGAAGAGGGUUGCGUUUAGUCCGUCCCACUGUUUUUCUAUGUCAUUUUAAAGCGGCAAUAAGUAAAAUUGUGCCAUUUUAGGAAAAAAAACAUACUGUCUUGCACACUGUGCGGGUUGGUUAUAUUCGAAUGCUUCGAAAUCUUGACGCUAAAAUGUUGCAUAUUGCUCCUUUAAUACCCCAAAACAAUUAAUGGGUAAUGUAGUCCAGUUGCAGUAGAAAUUAUUGUGUUUGUACAUAUUUUAUCCUUUAACAGGGUUUUAUUAGACUUCAUGUAGCUAGAUUAUGAACGACUAAGAAAAGGGAAGGUGAUGAUAAAAUUCGACUGCCAGGAAGAGGGAUAUAUAUACACAGAUGCUCAGGAUUACCUGCUAGUUUUAAUCUUUCGUCUUCUUGUUUUAGUUUUAAAGCGGCAAUAAGUAAAACCAAUUGUAGCAGUUGUAGGCUGUUGAUGAGAAUAAGAGGUAAGAGGUUUAUUCCUAUAGUAGUAGAGUGGUAUAAAUAGCUGAGUGACAUUAUUAGAUGUUGCAUAUUGCUUCUUUAACAGCGCACACCAGGGAGGGAUGGUGGGAAUUUUGGCAUGCGUGGAUAGUGUAGGUUCAUGUCAUAGUAACUGAUUAAGAUUGCAUCAGUAUAUGAUGAGACAGACUCAUCCUUCUGAAUUGUCCAAAUUAGAGUCUGUGUAGGAAAAUGUCAAUAGAAUGUUUUAUAGGUUGUGUUCGAAAUGUCCGACUAUUAGGACCGUAUUCUCACGUUAGUAGUGUUACCAUAGCAACCGGAAAUGAAGUGGAUUUGCACGGCGAUAGCUAGCUCCCGGUGCGAAUGCAAGCUCUUAUGAUGUAAAGUCAUCACUGUCUCCUCGUCCUACAUGGAACUGUUUCAUCCUCGGUAACAAUAUCGUUUGCGGCAAACAUCUCAGUGUUUCAUAUGACAGGAUGAUCAGCACACGUCUCUCAGCGUUCUACAGGUUUAUUCUUUAGACUGCAGGACGGUAAUAAAGGGAAGGUAGCAGGUAGUAUUGGUAUUUCGGAUCAUUUUAUAUUUAAUCACGGUUUACAGUGCUAUCAUGAUUAUUAAAGCUCUGGCACAAAAUGAGGUACUCACUAAAGACCAGAGGAAGACCAUUGGCUUUGACUCAGUGCCUCAAAUUCUACAUACAGCGCCAUGCAUAAGUAUUCACACCCUUGAAAUUUUCCCUGAGAUGGAUCAAAGCCAGCUUUAUAACAGCCAGAUGAAAUUCCAUCUGCUGACUCAGUAACAGGAAAGAUCUUCUCUUGUUUUAUGAGGCUAAAUUGGAACUUUUUGGCCUUGGCACAAAGAAGUGGGAACACAACCAUCUCUACUGUGAAGCAUGGUGGUGUUAGCGUCACGCUCCUGUGAUCAACAGCAGGGAUUGGAAACUAUUCAGGAUUCAUAACAAAUCUAAAAACAAACCCUGUACCAGUCUGAGAGUGACUUGAGGUGGGGGCGGAGCUUCAGCUUAUAGUACAGCCAAGCUACACUGCACUGGUUCGACACCGAGAACCCAGUCGAAGCCCAAACCUGUCUAUAAGAAGACCUCAUUAGUCAUGGUCUUGAUCCAGUCUCACUGAGUAAUGUUGUGAAUAAUGUGCAAAAACAUCAGGAUCCAGAUGUUCAAAGCCUGAGACAUAGGCCAUAUGUCAUGACUUGGGGGGGUGAAUACUUAUAUAAGGGAUCGGAUGUAGUAGGGAAUAGGGCGUGAUGAUAGUUUUAAAGUGUGUCUGUUUUUAAUAAUGAUGAUGUAACUGAUGGUUUGCACAUACCUCACUCAUCAGCAUGUGUCAGAAUCUCAGCGUCUGCUCACGAUGAAGAGUUUUAGCCGUUAUUUUUAAAAGAAAAGCUGAACUUGCUAAGUUGAUGCUAAACCAGUAGCUAUACGCUUCCCUAAACGUUUUAGCUGCAUUCGCCUCAUACAGUUCUUUAGGCCUGAUGAAUAAUUUCACUUCUGUUUAUUGUUCCUCAGUGUCUAAGUGUGUAGCAGGUCGGAAUGCAUCAUAGUUUUUGGGAAUUUCUGCGUUGUUUAGGGAAUAAGGGAGCGGGAUUUGCACACAGUCUCUGAACAGUGUCUUAUGUAGAAAAUCAUGGCAGUAUUUCAUGUCUGGUUCGUUGCUUUAUCCUGCGGUUGCGUACGGAACUCAUGUAUUUGUUAUUUUUAGCGGAUAUGAAGGGAUUUAUUGUCUGAACUCAUGACUAAAUGCACUAAACUGUCUUCAGUUCUUGAAAUAAAACAUUUUUCAAAGCUAAUUCUACAAUCUUCUAUACAGUUUUUUAUAGGGAGUUAAGAAUUUUUUGGGGCAGAAAAUCUUUUAAACACUAAACAUGUGGCCUGAAUGUUGUCACUGCAGAUUUAUUCUAUAAUAAAGUUUGAGUUUUAAAACCA